GAACUCCUGAAGAGGAACUACUUCGUGGAAACCAAGCCCCUGAUUUGGUGAGUGAAUCUGGACCACGCAUGCCCCUGGCCUGCCUUCAUGACUUCCACCCGGACCCACGUCUCGCACCAACCUAAAGGAAUCUUUGUGCAAGAAGAGCUUCAAAGUCAGGUCAGAAAGAAGCCAAGGAAGCAGUGCAAUGGCUUCAAAAAUUCUGGUGAGCCUUGAGGAAGAGGUGACCUGCCCCAUCUGCCAGGAGCUCCUGACAGAACCUCUGAGUCUGGACUGUGGACACAGCUUCUGCCAAGCCUGCAUUACUACCCACAACAAUGAAGCAGUAAUUGGCUCAGGAAGGGAAAGCACCUGCCCUGUUUGUGGAACCAGAUACCUGCUUGAGAAACUAUGGACUAAUCAGCAUCUGUCCAACAUAGUAGAGAGACUCAGGAAGGUAAAAUUGAGCCCAGAGGAAGAGCAGAAAAGAGAACUCUGUGUGCACCAUGGAAAGAAAUGCCUAUUUUUCUGUAAGGACGAUGGAAAGGUCAUUUGCUGGCUUUGUGAACGGUCUCGGGAACACUGUGGCCACCACACAUUCCUCAUGGAGGAGGUAGUCAAGGAAUGUCAGGAGAAGCUACAUGCAGCUCUCAAGAGGCUGAGGAAAGAGGAGCAGGAAGCUGAGAAGUUGCAAGCUGGCAUCAGAGAAGAGAGAGCUUCUUGGAAGUAUCAGAUACAGACUGAGAGACAAAGGAUACAAGCAGAGUUUAAUCACCUCAGAGGCAUCCUGGCCAGUGAGGAGUUAAGAGAGCUGCGAAAGUUGGAGGAAGAGGAGAGGAAGGUGCUGGAUAACUUGGCAGAGGCUGAGGAUGAACUGGUCCAGCAGAGCCAGUUGGCGAGAGAGCUCAUCUCAGAUCUGGAACGUCGGGGUCAGUGGUCAACAGUGGAGCUGCUGCAGGACAGGAGUGGCAUCAUGAAAUGGUGUGAAAUUUGGAAACUAAAGAAACCAAAAGCUGUUUCCAAGAAACUGAAGCAUAUAUUCCGAGCCCCAGAUUUGAGCGAGAUGCUGCAAGUAUUUAAGGAGCUGACAGAUGCCCAACGUUACUGGGUGGACGUCACACUGAGUCCAGUCAAUCUAAAUUUGAGUCUUGUCCUUUCAGAAGAUCAGAGACAAGUCAUGUCUGUGCCCAUUUGGCCCGUUAAGUGUUAUAAUUAUGGAAUCUUGGGCUCUCAAUAUUUCUCUUCAGGGAAACAUUACUGGGAGGUAGAUGUGUCUGAGAAAACUGCCUGGAUCCUGGGAGUAUACUGUAGAACAUUUUCCCGCAAUGUAAAGUUUGAUGUUAGACGGUGUUCAUACCAUCAAAAUAUUUACUCCAGAUACAGACCUCAAUAUGGCUACUGGGUUAUAGGGUUACAGAAUCAAUUUGAGUAUAAAGCUUUUGAGAACCCAUCCCCCUCAAAUCCCCAGGUCUUGACUCUCUCCAUGCCUGUGCCUCCCCAUCGUGUUGGCAUUUUUCUAGACUUUGAGGCUGGCACUGUCUCAUUUUUCAAUGUCACAAACCAUGGGUUCCUCAUCUAUAAAUUUUUUAAAUGUUGCUUUUCUCAGAAAAUUUUUCCAUAUUUCAAUCCUUGGAACUGUCCAGCACCUAUAACCCUUUGCCCACCGAGCUCUUGAGCUUCCUUGUACUCUCACCUGCUCGCUGUAAUGCCUGUUGUCCUGAGGCUUAGCUCCUGCACCUGAGCUCACCUAUACCAUUUGGUUGUCUCUUCCUUGCCAUCUGCCUUCCUUCCUUUAUGAGAUUUACUCAUUCUUGGAAUGUACAGUAUAUUUGUUUGAGGUAGGAGAGUUGCUUAUUUACCCUUUUGCAGAUUCCCAAAGAAAAACAUCUAAUCCUCAUUAUAAAUAGAGGAGGGUUGGCAUAACAUCCUCACCCUCUCAUUUCUUCAUAUUUCCUUUAUCACUGAUCUGAAGACACAUGGUAAAGCCUGUGAGCCACCAUCCAUGUCAUCUAGGACAGUCCUUAGGAAUCACCUCACUUACGUACAUACAUACAUGCACAGACACACACUCACACACACACACAACUACAGAGUCUUUGAGUAUAUAUUUGCUUAUUGUCCAGGAUAUUCCAUGUUCUUCAGGGAGGUAGAGAGAGGAGAGCAUAGCAAUAUAUGUACCAAGAGUGGAAAUAUUAUGUCCAAAAUAUUUGUGUUCAAAUUCUGUCUCUUCUUUUAUAAGCUGUGUAAUGGUGAAUAAAUUCUUUAACAUCUCUGGGCUUAUGUUUCCUAUAAGACAACUUCAGAUUCAAUAUGGAACCUAAGUCUUAGGAUCGUUGUGAGAAACUAAAUGUUACUAAAUGUAAUGAUGCGAACAGUUAAGACAGUCACUAAACAAAAGGUUGGCAGUUCGAGUCUACCCAGAGGCACCUCAGAAGAAAGGCCUGGCAGCCUAAUUCUGAAAAAGCAACUGUUGAAGACCCUCUGGAGCACAGUGCUGCUCUAACACACACGGAGUUGCCGUGAAUCGAAGUCAACUUGAUGACAACUGCCCCAGAUAUCUAA